GGUGGAGCAGCCGCCGCAGCGCAGCGCAGAGCGCUGAUCAAGCAGCUAUCUAGUUUGUUGCACAGCGGCUGCGCUGUGCUACAGCGUAUUCUGCAGCGCUAAGCCGCCGCCGUGCCUCGGCAGCGCGUUUUUCAGCUCGGCUGGCAAUGACCCUGCCAGAGCACAUUAGUGUCGCAGCAACUGAAGGAGACCUUGAGACCAUCAGGGUCUAUUUUGAAGACGAGAGCGAUGGCGCGCGAGACGUGGACGGCCUCUGCGAAGAUGUGGUUGGAAUGACGCCUCUGAUGCGGUGUGCGGGGGGCACUUCUGGAGAAGAUGGUGGCUUGACUCUAGGGAACGUCGAGGUGGCACGCUACCUCCUGUCCCGCGGCGCGUCGACUGAGGUUCGCAAUGCAAUUGGAAAUACGGUGCUGUUGAGGGCUUGCUACCGCCACGAAAACGGGCCUGUGGCAGAAAUGAUACAGCUGCUGCUUUCGGCGGGCGCUGACCCGAACGCAAGGAAUGACAUUGACCGAACAUGCCUCAGCGCCCUCGUGAGUUACGGCGGAACUACCAGCUUGGAGUGCGUGACUGCUCUGCUGAGGGCGGGCGCGUCGCUUGACCGUGUCUAUCAGGGACAUCCACUUGAAUACCAUUUCCCGGAUUCUGAUGAUGAUACUGGAGGUCGGGACAUCCCCGAAUCAUUCUGGCCCGCCAUGAGAGCCCUCGUCGCCGGCGUGCGCCGCGCGGGCUCCUUCAAGAGCUACUGCCGCGAGCCGCACCGCGAGGUGCUGCUGCUCCGCGGCCUCGCGAUGCGGGGCCACCUCAUACCUCGUCGUCGCACGCGAGGCACCGCCGAGUGGACGGCGGCCGUCGCCUUCCUCGCGCGCCUCGGCGACAACGGCGUCGUCUGGAACGUGCUCUCGUUUUGGCGCGCGACGAAAUAGGACAUGUGCGUGUGUCGCGUCUGGGACAAGAUCGCUCUGGCGCGAAAAAAGUAAGAACUGAGUGUGUC